AUGGCUUCUGAUAUUCCCAAGGUCGUCCCGCUGACGUGCCACGGACAUUCUCGUCCCGUGCCGCACUUGAGCUUUUCGUCUACUGUUGAGGAUGACCAGUACUACUUAAUCUCUGCAUGCAAAGAUAACAAUCCUAUGCUCCGGGAUGGCAUCACUGGGGACUGGAUCGGCACGUUCCUAGGCCACAAAGGUGCCGUAUGGCAAGCACGGCUCUCAGCCGAUGCCACCAUUGCAGCAACCGCAGCAGCAGACUUCUCUGCUAAGGUCUGGGACACCUACACGGGCGAAUGUCUACACACACUACAGCACGCGCACAUUGCGCGCGCUGUCGCAUUCCCCAUCCAGUCCAACCCACAAGUCCUCGCAACAGGCGGCGCGGAGAAGAAACUGCGCAUCUUCGACCUGACGCGCAGCAGCGGCGGCGGCGGUGGGAGUAGCAGCAACGGCUCCUCGCCUCCACUCCCAUCCUCUUCCACAGCCGACAACAGCUCAUCCGUGACAAGCUACGAGAUCGGGCCAGGCGUGCACGGCGGCACGAUCAAGUCCAUCAUCUGGAACCAGGACUACAACAUCGUCACCACGGCCGCGGAAGACCGCAAGGUGCGCUGGUGGGACCUCCGCUCGCGCCACCCUGUGCUCGAAUACGCCGUCGAUGGGCCCAUCGGCAGCUGCGAGCUGAACAGCCUGGCGGUACGUGCCAAUGACCCGGGCAUUUUGACCGUCGCUGCUGGCAAGAGCGUGUAUCUUUUCGAUGGCGUGCAGCCGGGCUGCCUGCUGCGCAAGGUCGAUUUCGGCUACGAGGUCGCCAGUGCUGCGGUCAAUAGCGAGUCUGGUCGCUUGGUCACGGGCAGUGCCAAUGAUACGUGGGCGCGUGUGUAUGAUCUCCACACCGAUGAGGAACUGGAAGUCCAAAAGGGUCACCAUGGCCCUAUCUGGUCCAUCAGCUUUUCUCCCGACGGCAAGCUCUACGGCACCGGCAGCGAAGACGGCACUAUCAAGCUGUGGAAGGCAUGCCGGGAGCCCUACGGGCUAUGGAGGUGA